AGCUAGGAAGCCAUAGAAUGGCACAAGGUUUAGCUAGGAGCUAGGAGGAGCCAUGAGAAUGGCGAGAGGUUUUAGGUGCUAGGAAAGUUGAGGAGAGGAAAAGAGGGUUGGAUUAGGAAGAGAGAGGAGUACAAGGAGGGGUUUGUACCCUCUACAGAAAAGGCACAACAAUCUGAUGACAGUGGCGCCUCGUGUGCAGGGUUGAGGGUUUCUUCCGAUACCCUUACCUCGCGUCCGCAAUCAGGUCGUCGGCCUCCCACGCCACACAGUUCAUGAACUAGAUAAGAACUAGAUAAUCGGCAAUCGUGUUUUUCUAGUUAUCUAGUUAGAGUGGGGCUUCUCUUCCUCUUCAUUUCUUUCUCUAAAAAAAUAUAAUCAAUGGCCAGCCUCAGGUCCGCCGACAACGCCACGCCAGCCGAUAGCCAUUGGUCCACGUCAUCCUCCUCGUCCCUGGCUGCGUCAGCAUCAAACUCUCACCCAAUCCCCGCCGCAACUGCGACGAAUCCAGAGGUCCGUCUUCCCCUGUACGCCGCGACGACGCACACCAGUGGUCUACUGGGCCUGCACCUGCCGGCCGACCAAUGGCUGCCGGCUGCCACCCACGCCGAGCCGCUGCCGGCCCGACGGCGCAAGGGAAGGCUCUCUCGCCAAGGCCAGCUCGCUGACGCUGCGACGUCGCGAGUGGAUAUCGCGAAGCUAUCGUCGUCGCAACACGAUCAUCAUCAGCAGCUUCACCUGCCACGACAAACUGAAGCGCAAUCGUCGACGAUUUUUUCGGAGGCACAGUCCGCUACCGUCGGUGCGACUGCGACUACGACAGCUUCUUCGACACCUGGCGUGCUGCGAGGCGACGACGUGGAGUUCGACAUCAAAUUCCACUUGCACGAGCUGCCGUCGCGCGCGCGACAUGCGACGAGUGCGGGCGAGUGGCGGGAGGCGGCGGAGGUGAGGCUCGCGCUGGGCGCGCUGGUGGGGCGCGUGACAGCGGAACUGGCGAAGGCGGGGGCGGAAUUGCGGCUGGCUGUCGGAAUGGGGAAGGAGAAGGUUAAGGGGGAGGGGAAGGCAGAGGGGAAAGUGCGGCUGAGUCCGGCUGUGAGUCGGCUGGUCAGCGGUGCUGUCGCUGGUGGCGUGUCGAGAACAGCAACGGCGCCGCUGGAGACGGUGCGGACGCACAUGAUGUGCGGGAGCAGGGGCGGGCUGGCGGCCAAUGGGAGCAUGACAGCUGUCUUCCAGUGGGUGCUGCGCACGGAGGGGUGGAUGGGGCUGUUCCGCGGUAACGCCAUCAACGUCAUGCGCGUGGCGCCCAGCAAAGCCAUUGAGAUGCUCACGUAUGAUACAGUGAAGCGUUUUCUCACUCCCAGAGAGGGCCAGAAGCCCAUCAUCCCGCGCCACAUCCCCAUCCCCAUCUCCUCCAUCGCCGGCUCCUCAGCCGGCAUCGCCUCCUGCCUCCUCACUUACCCACUCGAGCUCGUCAAGACGCGACUCACCGUGAACCCCGACAUGUACCGCGGCGUGUUACACGCGUUCCACAAGAUCAUAAAAGAACAGGGUGUCGGGGAGCUGUACCGGGGGGUGGCGCCGAGCGUGGUGGGCAUGAUUCCAUAUGCAGGGGCCAACUUCUACGCGUAUGACACGCUGUGCACGGCGUAUAGGAAGGCGAGCAAGAGAGAGGAGAUAGAGCCACUGAUGACGCUGGUGAUUGGGUCGACUGCAGGGUGCUUUGCUGCCGCCUCCACGUUCCCACUGGAAGUUGCCAGGAAACAUCUCCAGAUGGGGCCACGGGCGGCAGGGUGGCGUACAGGGGCAUGCUGCAGUGCAUGAGCAGCAUAGUGAGGGAGCAGGGCGUCAAGGGGCUGUACCGGGGGGUGGUGCCUUCGUGCGCCAAGAUGAUGCCUGCUGCGGGCAUCUCCUUCAUGUGCUAUGAGGUGCUCAAGCGUGUGCUUAUAGAGGAUGAGAAGGCACGAUAGUCCAUGAGACGGCUUGAAAGCUCCAGAUGUUGCUGCUGCUGCUGCUGCUGGCAUCUCCUUCGUGUGUUAGGAGGUGCUCAAACACGUUAUUUGAGGAUGAAAUGGCACUACAGCUUUAUUACUGACGAAGAACUGAAGGCUGCUGAUGUCUCCAGGUGUUACAAGGUGCUGAGUCGAGUGCUGAUGGAGGACAAAAACGCAUGUUCAGUCUUAGAAUCCGCUGGCUACUGGCAUACCGGUAUUUUGGCUCGAUGUUUUGUGUACUUGUACACAUGCAAAGACAAGAUAGG